AUGCAAGUCGAUAUUAUUAGACCAUACGGAGUCGUACCGCAAAAGGUGCGAGCAGAAAAUAAGGUUGAUCAUAGCCCUGAACGAGAUAUUCCAACGUCUACUCGGACUGGGCAAGCUUGUCUCCAGUACGGUGGUACGAUUCUAUUAGAAGUGACGUCGGGCGUGAACCCCCGGCAACCCCCCAAUCGACCAGGCCUGAAUCAGAACUCAGUGACGCCGCUGAUCGCCACUUCUCCACCACCCCUCUGUCAGCGUAGGGAAUAUUUCUGCCAUCGUAUUUUCCAGGACCUUCUGUCCCUUCAUCCACCUGGAGAUCACCCCUCGUCUUCUGGCAUGGCAUACAAUGGCUAUCCUGCCCCCUCCAGCCCGGGCUACCCGCCGGGAAACGUCAACCUGAAUGGCAACAACGUCAAGAUGGACUCGAACGAUCCCCAGGGCUACUCGACUGCUACUCCCUAUCCCUCCUACUAUGAAGCCGAGCAUCUCUCUAUGCCACAGCCGCAGAUGCCGACCGACACAUCGAGUCCAAUGCUCGACCCUUAUGCAGAGCAGCUGCCCCGCCCGCAGAAUAUGGCGACAGGAAACAUUAACGACGCCGUUAGCUCCGCUGUGCAUAAUGCCAACUCAUCGGCUUACCUCUCCCCCGAGGUCCUAUCACAGAUUACUGCAACCGUCAUCCAGCAGCUUAAAGUAUCCGGCCUGAACGAUCGCCAGACCCCCGACGAAGGCCCCGCCCAUUCCUCUGCACCUGGCCCCGCGCCUGCCUAUCAAUACCCUCCUCCCCCUCCACGUCCACAGUCCCAGCAACCGCCUUGGGGAUACCCUGCGCCAGAUCUGGCCCCUCGCCCACACUCGGAAUCUCCGCCAGUGGCUCAGAGAAGCGAUCCUUCUCCUCCGUCCACUUUCUCGUCCAAUCCUGCCAACAAUUACGAACCCCCUCAGCAGUACCCCACCUACACCGGCUAUGCGAACACGACUACGAACACGACUGCGAACACCACUGCGAACACCACUGCGAACACGGCCGCGAACAAUCUUCGCGACGCACGCCCCAAUACCGGGGUAGCACCUGAUCUGAUUCCGCCCCCAGAGAAUGUAUCCCCAAGCCAAUCGGUCUCGAGUCAAGGCAGCCAGAAUGGGGGGCGCUCGGCCUAG